GAAACGUUCACUCAGACGACAUGAAGGCGUGUGAACUCCGGGCGAGAGCCAUCAUGUAGAUAUGCGUUUGAUUUGUAUCUAUGGCUGCUUCAACAAGACAAGAACAGGCGCUGAUGCGCCAGAGAGGAGCUGCGUCUCGAAAGAUCGAAAACGUUGAUUUUGGCAUCAGCUUUCCGAGUUCAGCACGUUCGUUGCGUUCAACCACAAGAACACCUCAAUCGCGAAGAUCCAAUUCUCGUCGGCCAUCAAAGACGCCUAUUCGCCGAAGCCGCGAACCCUCCUCAAUCAGGUCUCUUGCCAAACAAUAUGAAACCGUACAGUUGGAAAGCCCGCUCGACGUUGGGGAACCGCCUAGCAAGAGAAGGCGAUUAUCGCAAGCGACCGAGACACCCCAGCAAAAUGUAAAUGGUCAUACAAUAGACUCUCGUUCUACGCGCUCAUCCUCGCGCCGAAAAAGUGGUAGCAAGAUCUUUACGAUAGCUGAAGACGAAGACGCACCAAAUCUAGGCCUGCCGGAGCAUUCAGAAAGUUCAUCCGCACUAAGAGAACAAGGUUACUCGCCACUGUUCGUUCCAGAGACCAGGUCGGACACGGAGAAGCAUACGCCCCAAGACUUCUUGUCUGCCAAGGGCUAUACUUCUCCAGCAGGCAGAUUAGAAAGUUCCGAGCUUCCUGCUGGUCCAGAAGCAGAAGAACUCUUAUUCGAUCGUGUGGACUUUGCAAAUGAUACCCCCGACGUCGAUGUUACUGGACAAGAGCAUGCCAAUACUGGAAUCGCGGAGCAGGCCAAUGCGGAUGUUGAAGAUGUCGAGCAAGAUGACGGUGAUCCUGAAGAGUCAAUGGACCGAGGUCAAACAGAUACACGUGAGACACCGCAACUCACGGCGGAAGACGAGGUCGAGCAAGACUUCGAACAGGCUGGUGCCACGCGCAAGAAACGCCGGAAGAAGCUAACGUCCGGGCCCUCAACUCGGAGGAAGACGCGCGCAUCAGGCGAAAAUGGCCUUGUAACACGUAAAAAUCGAGAAUACACCCGGGGUUCCGAGCAGCGUCCCUUCCCAGGACGGCCGCAAUCAACGCCUGUCCGGACAGGGGCACCAUCAGUGCUCGGUGGUGUUGAAGAGGAGGAAACUCCAGCUGCCCGUCGCGAACGCUCUGAAAGAGAGGAGGAUGAGGAAGGUGAUGAGACCUACAUCCAGGAGAGUUCACCGGAUCCAGAGACCCCUGCUGUCCAAAGAAAGACUUCCGACGGGCCCAGACGCCGAAUCGCAUCGACUAACGAAAGACGACCAUCCAAGGACAAGAAAGGCAAGCCGACAUUUCCUAUUCUUACCCACCGAUUGACGAACCUUUCGGGUUUACCGACUAUCAUGGAAGACGAGGAAGAGGCGCAAGAGUCCGAUGGUGAGCAGGACGUUGCAGCACCUCCCACCAAUGACCGCCUGCAACCCAAUGCGGUAGAUGUCCUAGCCCAGAUCUGUCGCGAAAUGAUCGGAAAUAUGAUGGAGAGCCUAUCUGAAACAAACCCAUCCUCAAAGCGUGCAGCCUUGGAAAACAAGCGCAGUGCUCUUGAAGCGUUUCGACAAGACCUCGAUGACGAGCUAUUUGAGCUGUCUGAAGCUGUUGAGAAUCGAAUAAAUCUGGAAGCACGAGCUAGGAAGAGCAAGAGAGGAAAGGCCUCUCUACAAGCCGAGUGGAUGGAGAUACGCAAAGAGCGUGAGCGCAUCGCCCUGAAAUGCGAUGCUGUCCGACGACGGCACUGGAUAUAUGAGGAAGAAGUCAGGCAGAAGUGGCAACUUAGCGAGGCUGCAAGGCGGGCUGAGCUUGAGAUGGACCGUGCCGAUGGGAUCGAAGACGAAGGGACAGAAUUCCUGCUUCGAACUGUUGCACAAGAUGUCAGUAGUGCAUCUGAACAGGGCGGAAUGUUGGCCAGAAUCAAGUCGUUCAACGCACAGUUGGAGACCACGGCUUCAUUUUUGGAAAGAAGGGGUCCUUGAUGGCUUUGCCGAUCCCACUUGGAAGCUAUUUUUUGUCACAAUACGGCUUGGAUGACUAGUUUGAAACUAGGCUUGUCACCUGGGUACUGUUGGAAUGCCUCUGUAACGCUGGGAGAAGGAUUACGG